UGCAGGACGGAAGCCGGCCGCCCCGUGCAGCAGCCCCGAGCCCGCUAAGCCGCCCCGCAGGGUCGGGGCCGGUGGCUGCGAGCCAGGUUGGUAAUUUCAGUGCUGGGCAGCACCCUGUUUGAUCCUCAGGGAUGGCAGCCAUCAACCCAUGGCCCUCCUGGGGUACCCUCAUGGACCAGUCUUGGGGGAUGGCGGCUGCUGACUCUGCUAUUUCCUGGGCUCUGUGCCCUCAGGAUCCAGCAUGGUACAUAGAGGGAAGCCCUGAGGACGAGGGAAGAAGGGCGGCUGGGCUCCUAGCAGCCCAAGUCCAGGUGAGAUGGCACUUGUGCUUUUUCUUUUACACGUUCCCAAAGGAUGAGUGUCCAGGCUUUCCUCAGCCAUCUUCGUUGAUGUGGUUCCUAAUGUACAGCAGCAAGAGCAUAGGUCAAGGAGGCAGUCAGUUAGCAGUUCCUGAAUGGGGUAGGGGAAUCCAGUCAGUUCUCCAUGAUACAGAGCUUUGCUGUUGUUCUGCCUGUUCACAGAGCUGAGGUACAAACUAUGUCAUCACUGGUUUGGGAGAGAUGAACGAUAGCCAUUUUGACUGGCACCCCCUAUCCCUUUACCCCCUGUUCUUAACUCAUGUACUCAGAACCAGAUUCAGGCUGAUGUUGUGUAGUAUACUCUGUGCUUGCUGUGAGAACAAGAACAGAUGUGAGUCUUUAACCUGAGGACCUAACAGGCUACUUUCCAAGGUGGUUCACUCAGGUAAUGACACUUCACAGCUCCCUUGAGGCUACACAUGCUCUGUAGGAUACAAGAAGCCCAAGACAUGGAGGGAAACCCUAAGUCCUCUUGCAGCUCAGUCCACUGAUGUCUUGGGAGAUGAGACAGAGUCUGCAGAGAGGUCAGUAGGGGUACAGGAUUGUGGAGGUGAAGGUUAUCUUGAAUAAGUCAAGAGGUAAAAGGAAGGCAUCAGAUGGGUGCAUCCUGAUAAGCAGGGGUCUGGCCUGCCUGUUGCCCCACAGGUGUGCUUGAGAGCCGGGGUAUACUGUAUGACUGGUGUUUGUAUGCAGACUGAUUUUAGGUAGGAGAGGCUAGGAAGAACCCAGGUGGACUUGCAUGCCUGCUGCAGAGCUAGGACCCUCAGAAUUGUUGGCAGCAGGAGGGGCUAUGAUCCAGACUGUGGCUGGAAAGGUGUGUGGAGUGGAGAGGCCAUGAGAGGCAGGCUGCUGUCAGAGCUGCAAGGGAGUCCAACAGGGGCUUGGGGACU